CGGGUAUAUUUCUAAAUUUAAGCUACGAUGAGACGUUUCCGUCUUGUGGUAAAGUGCGUUCUGAAACUCAAGAAUGCAAGAAAACUGUGUCUGUGUUGACAAUCCAUCAGAAACAUUCAACAAAAUAACAACAUGGAACCAUCAGCUUCUGAAUUUGCCCUCUGUGGUUAGAUGUCGGAUUCUGUCCUUCCUGGACUGGGAAGACCGGAUCCUAGCAGGACAAGUGAUCCCCGGCUGGUACAGUGAGCUUCACUCCUCUUUUUCAUGGAACUUUGUGGAGUUCACCAAUUGGGCCAUUGGACUACCGGACGGUUUCAAUAGUGCCUUUAUUGAUGAGGGAAAGCAGCAGGAAAGAUGUAUUGAUGAGUUUGGAAAAUAUUUCCAACACAUUACAAUCGCGCUGUCCGUAUUUGACGUUCAAGAAAACAGUCAUGGUGUUCAUCUGCUCAAUAAGCUUUCACAGUGUUGUCCAAGCCUCAAAUCCCUCAGGAUUUACCAUGAGUUCAUGUUCUGUACUUUUGAAGGAAAGUGGGAAGACUACUUAUUACCUUUGAAAAAUUUGUGUGCAAAAUCGUUGAAACAUGUUCAACUUUGUAACUUGGAAGACUGUCCAAGGAAUAGUGAAACUAAGAACUGUAAAUUCUUCGAGGUGAUGCAAGAGGUGUCUAUGUGUGAGCGAGUUAAUGUGCUGGAGUUUACACUGCACAGUUAUUGUCAGAGACCUGUCAAAGGGUUACGGCCAUUCAACAGUCUACAUACACUGAAAACUGAGCAAAGUAGCAUCAGUACAGACAUUAUACAGGAUCUGGUCCAACAAAAUCUCCAACAGGUGUACCUGGUGCGAGACCAGAACACGGAGAGAUGGACAAGUGGUAAAACACCAAUACAGUGGUGUGACAUCAAACCAAAGAGGGGUCUUCAAGUGCAUUACAUCUUUGAUCAAAUCAAAGUACAAUUAAGUGACUUUGCUGUUAACCCAUUUUUAGAGUCAAUCACAUUGAGAAAAGUGCCAAAUGCAUUAUCUAGGGAUGUUUUGAGAAAUAUAGCAGCAUUAUAUGCCAAUAGUUUACAGACUUUUGCCCAUCUGUCAAUGCUUCACCCCACACUGCCGCCUUAUGAUGAUAUGGAGUCAUUACCAUGUGAUUAUUACUACUUCGCCAGCCAAUGUAGAAACCUGCGGACUUUUGUGUGUGGCAUUCCUUUGCCAUGUGAGGCAGUAUGGUGUCUAGCAAUGAAAGCUGACAAAUUGCAGAACCUUCACAUUCAGAAAGGACAGCUUCUCUACAACUACCGAGUGUGCAUGCCUGUACCCUCCACACUCAGAGAAGGGGGAGGUAUCCUGGACAGCGAGGCCUGUUUAUGUAAGGAAGUGUCUCAAUGGAUGGGCUUCAGCUGGACACCAAUACUGGAGGAAGAGAUGUCUGAGAAGACUGACAGACUGCUCCACUUUUAACAUCAAGACAACAUAUAUAGUACAAUGUAUAUAUGUAAAUGAACCAUUAGACAGGACAAUUAAAUCUCUGUGGGAGAUGAUCGUGCAAAAUACCAAUGUUGAUGACAUAGCAAAAUAAUUCUCAGAACAAUUUUCAAUGUAUUGUCUAGAUAUAUUUGUAUUGGAAUUUGAAGAACAGACCUCUUAUAAAUGCAUCAUAAUUGAGUUUAAUAAUGUUGAACUGUUGUAGCUACAGUAUAGUAGCAGUGACUUGUAAUUUUUAAUAAGAAAAAUAAAAUUGAAAUUUUUCAUAAUUA